AUGUAUUUAACGCUUAACUUCUCAACUUCUGCCGACUCCAACCUGUCAGGUGUUGACCCUCAGAGACUGCAGGAACUGACUCACCGGUCUGUUAAACUAAGCAUUAUUAUCAUUUUUGGCGUGAUGAUAACUUUGGGAAAUAUUGCAGUUCUCCUGGUUAUUACUUCCACCGUGGCUGGUUGGUCAAGAAACUCUCGGUACUUUCUCCUCUCUCUCACUGCUGCAGACUCUGCGUUUGGACUGCUGGUCAUGCCCUUGAAUCUCUGGGUGAGCCUGCUAAAGGACUACACCGACGGGCCAGAUGCGCUUUGUCAUGUUGUGGCCUUUUUCAAUGCCACCGUCUACUCCACCUGCAUGUAUACACUGGCCACGAUAAGCCUGGAGAGAUACAUCGCAGUGUUUUACCCGCUGCAAUAUUCAUCUCUGAUGACAAGAAAAAGGACACUGCUCCUGAUUGCCUUCGCCUGGUGUUUCCCUCCGUUUCUACUGUCGCCAAUAUCAUUUCCAGAUGGCAUUAUCGAGGUUCAUUUUUCAACUGCAUCCCUGGUCUGCAAUCCAUCCUACUCCUCAAAUGCUGUAUACUCCCUAAGCUUGACAUGCUUUAUAUUUUUCCCCUGCUCCAUCGUCAUGACAUACGCAAACCUGAGAGUGUGGUGCGCCGCAAAGAGACAGAGACUGAAACUGCGCAAAUACGACUGUGCGCGUCGCAGGAGACACAAUGUGGCAUCCAGAGUGCUUGUGCCUGUGAUGGCAGCCUACUACACCUGUUGGACACCCUGCAUGGCAGUUAUGAUCUACAAUGCAGUCUCGGGUAGCAGCGCACCAGAGUGGAUUGAAUUUGUGGUGGUAUGGCUGCCGACCUCCAAUGGUUUCCUCAACUGCAUCUUCUACUUCUGGGUGAACCGAAGCUUCCGCAGGAAAUUCCACCUUUUACUUCAAAGGCUGGCUCUGGCCCUCUGCCCCAAACUGGCUGACACCCUUGGAUGCUGCAGCACUUUAAAGACACAGUUUGUGUCAGGAAUUCUGGAUAAUAACAACAGUGUCCAUGAGCGUUCCUCCAGUGUAUCCUCCACAUGCACCUUGUUGAGUUUGGCUUAGGUUGUCUGACCCAGAAGAGCACCACUGGCAUGGUAAGAG